UUAACUUGUUUUUAAAUUAUUUUAAGUGUAAAAGAUGAAGUGAAAAAAAAAGGGUAAUAACGGAAAGUUAUUUUUAAUGCAGAAGUGAUCGUUUGAGAACACCUGCCAAUUUUCAUUGAUACAAAUCGCAUACCAAAAAAAAAGUUUGUUAUUAGAUGGUAGGGGCUGCGCGUAGAAAGUCAAAAUUACCACGCAAGAUAUUACGUGUUUUGCUGGAUGAUGGCAGUUUUAAGCUUCAGCCCCAAAAUGCUUUUGAAGAGACCGGAGAUGAAGAAUCAGAUAGCCAAUUAAGCAACGAUAUACAAUAUUCUGAUGAGGAAGAAAAAAAUCCUGUUACAAACAAUGAAAAUGAAGAAGGGAAUGAAAAUUUUAUAGAUAAUAACUCUGAAAAAUCUAUUUCAGAUGAAAUACAUUUGAAGCCAUUAGAUUUAGAAGAAGAAGAAAAAUGUGAUGUAGAAAAGAAAAACUCAAAGAAGGCAAACAAACAUCAGCAUCCUGAACCCAACUCUGAAUAUCCAUACCAAUGUGAUGUUUGUGAUUUGUUAUUCAAAACACUAGAGCUUUUAUCUGAUCAUCAACAUACAGUUCAUGACAGUAAUCAACAAUUUGUAUGUCGAUACUGUUCAAAGAAAUUUAAUGAUAAGUAUAACAUGCGUAAACACGUUUUAAUACAUGUUGGUGAAAAAAGGCACAAGUGUUCUUUUUGUGAUAAAGCAUUCUUGCGCAAAGACCAUCUAAGAAGUCAUUUGCACACUCAUUAUAAUCGUAAAUAUGGUUGCAAAAUUUGUGGGAAAGGGUUCAGAACUAUGGAUAUGUAUGAAAGACAUUCAAAAACACACAAAGAUCAAAGUGCUUGUAAAGACAAUUUGCAAGUUUUUACUCUCAAUAAAAAAGAUAUAAUAUUACAAAGUGAAAAUCACCUUGAUGAGAGAAAUGAUGUCUCAGUUACUAUUCUAGACGAUAAUUUUGAUUUGUGGGUAAAAGAUGAAAGUCCCAGUCAUGAAACAGAAAGUAAUAUAGUUUCUAUACCAUCUGCUGUUAAUGGUAAUGCAGAUUCUAUUUUACAAUGUGUUUCGUGCAAGUCAUCUUUUCGAGACGAACUUACGUUACAGAUACACGAAAAAGAAUGCACUGGAGAUUCUCAGAAAUGGCAUUGUUUAAAAUGCGACAUAAUAUUUGAUGAAGCCGCUAUUUUGCGUCAACACUACGAAAAAGUCCACAGCUUAGAAAGCGCUACCUCAACCCCUACUCGCUGGAAAUGUAAAAUGUGUGAUAUUGAUUUUUCAAAUUCUAAAGAUUUGAGUAGGCACUAUACUCAAUCACACAAAGAUUCUCAACUUUUUCCAUGCAGCGAGUGUACCAAAACUUUUACUGUUUGGCACAACCUUAAAAAACAUAUGUUAAUUCACCUUGGAGACAAGAAGCAUAAAUGCAAUGUAUGUCAUAAAGGAUUUGUCAGGAAAGAUCACCUUAAUAGUCAUAUGAAAGUGCAUUCUGGUGAUAACUCGCCUAAAUUUACUUGUCCUGAUUGCUCUAAAGUAUUUCGCGUUAAGCAUUUAUACUCUAAACAUAUAAGUACACAUAACCGUUCCCGGAGGUAAAUAAAUACAGAUAAUUGUUCUCGGAAGUUAAUACUACAAGCAUUGCACACUGGAUUGAGUAAGAAAGUAAGAGUGAUGUGUUAGAAAACAGAAAGUAGUUUUUCAAGAAAGUUUGCUGUUUUUUAUUUAAAUAUUAGCGCUGUUUGUAGCAACUCAACUUCGUACUCAGACUACUGUAAGCUUUUAUACAUGUACUACUGUUGUUUUUUAUCAUCAAAUACUUGAGCAUUACUUAAUCAUAUUUAAUGUUUGAAAUUACAUAUUUAUUUUAAAAGAAUUACAAUGAUCGCUUCGUUUCUAUUUUGAAAUGAAAUAGAAUGAGCGUAUUUUAACAUUCACGAAUUUGUGACAUUUUUAAAGAUUUUUUUAACCAACUUGAAUGGACUAUAAUUUAUAUGCUUUGUCGUUUCAUAUCGUACUAAUUUCAUAUUUUUUACUGUGGUUAGUGUUUUUCAAAAAUGCUUUGUUGGUACUAAAUGAAAUUUGGGCGUAGUGUAUUUUUCAACCAUAUUACAUAGUUGCUUUUGUUUGGAUUUCUUUCUGGUAUUUUAACAAGUGUAAUAUAAUUUAUUUAUAGCUUUUUUGCGCAUGUUUAUAAUGUGCAUUAUUUAUUUCUAACAAGAUUUUAGUGUAUUUUUCAUAUUGAGUAUGAAUAUGUCAUAUUUUGAUUUUUUUU